UUGCGUGGCGCUUUUGCGCGCGAAUAGCUCAACAAGAAACAGCAUUCUCGACACAAAUUCAUCGUAACGCGAGCAGACGACAAAUCGACACACUGCCAGCGGUACAUGCAUUCUACAGACGAUCACUUUGUAAGCGUUGACUCGACGCUGGGGAAAUCAACACUUGGGUAUGACUUGUCGGUAUUUCCCCGCGUUCUAGGAUACGAACACUUCUCCACGCUAAACCGCUGUGUGUAUUUACUUUGGGUGUUAAUCGUUUACUUUGUGGACAAAUACUUUAAUCUGAUAAAUAUUACGUGCUUGAGUGGGAUAUUACCAAAUAAGUGGUCAUGGGGUCGAAAUCGUCAUCAAACCAUCAUUUGGCGGAAGAGCAGUGCGAGGAGAUAGACUGGAAAUUACGAAGUAAAUCUUCUUCGAUGUCGUCUGCUAUGGAAGAGAGUAAAGCAUCAAACGGUUGCGAUAAUGAUUCGGUGGACGGACAUUCCACCAGUAUGAGCCGAACCUCAGCUGGCCUCAGUCACGAUUUCGGGGAAGACUACGCCGGUGUUAGAGAACUUGGGGAAGAAGAACCCGCUUUCGACAUCAACGAGAACUUCGACUUCGAUUCGGACCGCAUCACAGUCGACUCGGACAUGAUGACCAUGGACAGCAUCUGUGAUGGUUUCGACGUGGUUGAAAUCGGGGAUCAUCGUGACGUCGGCAUCGGAAAACGGCAACGUCCCAGUAGGGCAGCCAUCUUGGCAGGUGAUAAGGCAUCUGACAAACACAGUUCACCUGAUAGAACAAGUGUCCCGUAG